UUGUUAAUUUCUCUUCUUCUUUACAUAUGGUUGUUAGCUAGGCUUCUUUACUUUGGCUUUCUAAAACUUGGUAAAAGCUUGUGUUUAUCCUCUUUUUGUACACAUGCAUGAUAAUGUUAUUUGCCUAAUUGUGUGGUCUGAUGAUGAAAAUUUCCCUGCGAUUCAGAAGAUCUUUGUUUUGGAAUCAAACAUAAAUUAUGGAUGGUGUUAAUGUUGUUUUGGAUGGUAAGAAGAAGGAAACUGACGUUGCAAAAGAUAUUCUUGGACUUACAAAUGUUAGCUCAAUCAACGACUAUGAUCUCUCAAAGCUAAUCGGCAAGCCAAGAUUAAACAUAGAGCGGAAAAUAUCAUUCGACGAUAGGUCACUCAGCGAGUUAUCAAUCGGUUUAAUCAGAGGUUUAGAUACUUACGAGAGUAUAUACUCACCAUUGGACAGCCCCACCAGAUCAUCAGCAGCUGAUGAUUCUUUCGAGCCUCAUCCGAUUGUUGCAGAUGCGUGGGAGGCGCUUCGACGCUCCUUGGUCUACUUCCGUGGUCAACCGGUCGGCACAAUCGCUGCUUACGAUCAUGCUUCUGAAGAAGUCUUGAAUUACGAUCAGGUUUUUGUUAGAGAUUUUGUACCGAGUGCCCUGGCUUUUCUAAUGAACGGUGAGCCUGAUAUUGUGAAGAAUUUUUUACUCAAGACACUUCAGCUACAAGGAUGUGCUCUCGUAAUGAUGAAGCAAGACGAAGAAGGACAAGAGUUCAUCGAGAGAAUAGAAAAGCGUUUGCACGCCUUGAGCUAUCAUAUGAGAAGUUACUUUUGGAUCGAUUUCCAGCAACUAAAUGAUAUAAAUCGUUAUAAAACAGAGGAAUAUUCCCAUACUGCUGUGAAUAAGUUUAACGUAAUUCCGGAUUCGAUACCGGAGUGGGUGUUCGACUUUAUGCCGACACGUGGCGGAUAUUUCGUCGGAAAUGUAAGUCCGGCGAGGAUGGAUUUUAGGUGGUUUGCAUUGGGCAACUGUGUGGCAAUAUUGUCUUCUCUAGCCAGUCAUGAGCAAGCAUGUGCAAUAAUGGACCUGAUUGAAGGAAGGUGGGAGGAGUUGGUUGGAGAGAUGCCUAUGAAAAUAUGUUACCCAGCUAUUGAAAAUCAUGAGUGGCGAAUAGUGACGGGCUGUGAUCCCAAGAAUACAAGAUGGAGUUAUCAUAAUGGAGGGUCUUGGCCAGUGCUGUUAUGGAUGGUGACAGCUGCAUCGAUCAAAACUGGGAGGCCGCAGAUUGCAAGACGAGCAAUAGAUAUAGCAGAGAGCCGUUUGGGGAAGGAUGGGUGGCCAGAAUACUAUGAUGGCAAACUGGGAAGGUAUAUAGGUAAGCAAGCAAGGAAAAACCAGACAUGGUCAAUUGCUGGAUAUUUAGUCGCAAAAAUGAUGUUGGAGGAUCCUUCUAACUUGGGGAUGAUUUCUCUUGAACAAGACAAGCAGAUGAAGCAUGUUUUUAAGAGAUGUUCCUCCUGGACUUGCUGAACAUCCUCAAAGAAUUAUU